CACCUCCUCAUCCAACACCAGGACUAGGGACUACCAACAACGCACACACACACACACAUAUACACACACACGAUCAGAGAGUCUGGGAGCAGCUAGACUGCAGAGAACCUUGCGUGGAAGUCAACAUUGUAUUGGACUUGGGAACCACCAGUAGAAGCCUUAUGAAUUUGAGGAUCCAUAACUAGGUUUGUUGAAGGUGGAUGGAGGGCAGUGGAGGUUGAGUUGACGUUUUGAGGAGUGUUGAACUUGUACUGGAUUUGUGGCGCAUAUUCAGCUAGUGGGAGAUUUAGAAGGUUUUGUGUUGAAAAAGUAUUUUUCGGGAGACUGGCCUGUUGUGCCUGACUUUUUGGAAAGACCGUCGAGGAUCUUUAUGGAGAAGUUUCAGGCUGGCAUGGUGCUGGGGGCCGUCGGUGAUGCAUUAGGCUACCGCAAGGGCCGCUGGGAGUUCUGCACUUCAGGGCGCCAGAUCCAGGAGGAGCUGGAGACACUGGGCGGGCUGGGGGCCCUAAAACUGGACCCCGACAACUGGCCCCUUAGCGACGGAGCCCUGAUGCAUAUGACCACUGCUGAGGCACUUGUCACAGACUACUGGUGUCUGGAGGACCUGUACAGGGAACUAGUACGUGUGUACGUGGAGGCCAUGGUGUCUCUCCAGGGUCGCCCUCCCGACCCCGGCACUGUGGAGGGCUGUGUUCACCUCAAACCCAACAACUUCCUGCUCGCCUGGCACACGCCCUUCAACGAGAAAGGCUCGGGAUUUGGGGCUGCCACCAAGGCCAUGUGUGUGGGCAUGAGGUACUGGCAGCCGCAGAGACUGGACAACCUUGUGGAGGUCAGCAUAGAGACUGGCAGGAUGACCCACAACCACCCCACAGGUUUCCUGGGGUCCCUGACCACGGCCCUGUUCGCCUCGUACGCGCUGCAGGGUAAACCUGUGGUCAGCUGGGGUCGUGACCUCAUGAAGGUCAUGCCCAAGGCCGAGGAGUUCUGCAGGAAGACCAUACGGCACAUGGCAGAGUACCAGGAGAAGUGGUUCUACUUUGAGGCCAAGUGGCAGUUCUACCUGGAGGAGAGAGGCAUCGAGGAGGAGGGCCAGAACAAACCUCUGUUCCCGGACCGCUAUGACGCUGAGGAGACAGACAAGCUGUACAAGCGCUGGAGCUCAGAGGGCCGUGCGGGGCGGAGGGGGCAUGACGCCCCCAUGAUUGCCUAUGAUGCCCUCCUGGCAUCGGGCUCUGACUGGAACGAGCUGUGCCGGCGGGCCAUGUUUCACGGAGGGGAGAGCGGGGCCACAGGCCUGAUAGCCGGCUGCUUGUAUGGUCUUCUCUACGGCCUGAGCCAGGUCCCUGCCGGGCUGCUCCAGGACCUGGAUCGACGGCAGCGUCUGGAAGACCUGGGUGCUGAGCUGCACAGAGCAGCCUCUGCUGAGAAGAUCAUAGAGAAGUAACCCCGCCCUGCCUCUUUCCCGUCCCUGCCCUGCCCAGCCUUGAUCCUACUCGGCCCUGCCUCUAUCCUGCCCUGCUCUGCACUCCCCCUGUUCCUUGUCCUUACGCCUUCUCUGAGGGGAACUUUACUGCUGUUCAUAGUGCUAAUUCUGGAUUUGAUGUCAAGGGCAACCUCUACCUCAGGAUGCCUCUGUCUGACCUGCCCCUCUCUAGAUUAACAGUUUUAUUAAUGUGAAGUGUAUACCUUCUGAAAGGCUAGAUGUAUUUUGUUACAUUAGCAAUGCACAAUAGAAUCGUUCCUGAAGAACUUGCAUGGUAUUCUGCUUUGAGAUCACACACACGAGAUGUUGCAGUAUAAACACUAGAUGGCGCCAAAACUUUUUUAGAGCCUUGGUUCACUGAGAUGCGGAAGCAUUAAAAGCUUACAGAUAUACUGUUAAAUGUAUGCUUGAUUUUGUUUUGUGGAUUUACCCAUCGGGUUUGUUGUAAAUGUUCUAAGAUUAAAGUGGAUCUAACAA